GGUCAGUGCAAUCAAACUAAACGACCCAUAUCCCAUCCAUCCAUCUACUGUCGGUAUACUUACAUUGCAUUACAUUACUGAUCCAAAAUGAGGGUCAACAAGGACCGUCUCCCUCUUCUCCUUCUUCUUCAUAUUCAUUCUUCUCCCGUCUGUGCGUUUGUUUCGUUUGUCGAACAAAAGGAAUCAUAUAGACAGACAAACAGUAGAGUUUGAGGAAGCCGUCUUUCUUCUCUCUGCUUCCAACAGGCGACCCGGCACCGAUUGAUCAUUCCAUUGGCCAGUGGAUGUUUCCUUUCUGGGGUCAAAUGUGAAUCCUUUGCAUUGUAGCCAUCCUUAAAAGUCUUUGGAGCGGAGCAGAGCAGCUCAACGCAACACAUGCCCUGUUCAACUCCAUCAGUCCUUUGUCAAGUUGUCAUCUUGAGGCUUAGAGCAAGACUCCUGCUCAGGGUUUGACCUUGGUGAACUGCCCAGGUUUCACGGUAGAUCAGAUCAGGUAUUUGCUAUCUUCAUAUCAUUUGACAUGGUUGCAUCUUCACAUUGAGGUCAGGACAACAAUCCCUCGUAGGUAGACUACCGGUGUUGCAUCUCUGGAUAUGGGUAAUACUUGUGUUGGACCAAGCAUCUCCAGAAAUGGCUUCUUUCAGUCCAUCUCUGCCUCAGUAUGGCGGUCCCGAUCGCCCGAGGAUUCCGUUCAUACCAAUGGGCAGUCGGUCCACGAGUCAAUCCCUAAUGACUCGGUCCACGCCAAUGGGAAGUCCUUCAGUCAGGGAACGGGCAACGAACUCGAGCCUUUACCUCUCUCUAUCCAGAACAAGCCCCCAGAGCCAGUCACGGUCCCGAAACCCGAACCAAAACAAGAACCGCCCAUCAAGCCCAAGCGGAAGCCCCAAAUGACCCGGGUUUCCAGUGCUGGCCUGAAGGCCGAGUCAGUGCUUCAAAAGAAAACAGGCAACUUGAAGGAAUUUUAUACCUCGGGGAGGAAACUCGGACAGGGGCAGUUUGGAGUGACGUUCUACUGCAUCGAGAAGGCCACAGGGAAAGAAUACGCUUGCAAGUCUAUAGCCAAGAGGAAGCUGAUCACUGAAGAGGAUGUAGAGGAUGUUAGGAGGGAAAUUCAGAUAAUGCAUCAUUUAUCGGGCCACCCGAAUGUGAUUUCGAUUAAGGGGGCUUACGAGGAUGCUGUGGCAGUUCAUGUGGUAAUGGAGCUUUGUGCCGGUGGAGAAUUGUUUGAUCGGAUAAUCCAGAGGGGGCAUUAUAGCGAGCGAAAGGCCGCUGAGCUUACGAGGACCAUAGUUGGCGUUGUUGAGGCCUGCCAUUCCAUGGGAGUGAUGCAUCGGGACCUCAAGCCUGAGAAUUUCCUGUUCGUGGAUCAGCAGGAGGAUUCGCUGCUGAAGACCAUCGAUUUUGGUCUGUCUAUAUUCUUCAAGCCAGGUGAAAGAUUUAAUGAUGUGGUGGGCAGUCCAUACUACGUUGCACCAGAAGUUCUGAAGAAGCGUUAUGGGCCCGAAGCAGAUGUGUGGAGUGCUGGUGUUAUCCUCUAUAUAUUGUUGAGUGGAGUUCCUCCGUUUUGGGCUGAAACCGAGCAAGGAAUAUUUGAACAGGUGCUACAUGGUGAUCUUGACUUCUCGUCGGACCCUUGGCCAAGUAUCUCAGAAAGUGCGAAGGAUUUGGUGAGGAAAAUGCUUGUUCGAGAUCCCAGAAGACGAUUAACUGCUCAUGAAGUCUUAUGUCACCCUUGGAUUCAAGUUGAUGGUGUUGCUCCUGAUAAGCCUCUCGAUUCAGCAGUUUUGAGUCGGUUGAAGCAAUUUUCUGCCAUGAACAAGCUCAAGAAAAUGGCUCUUAGAGUGAUUGCAGAGAGCUUGUCGGAGGAAGAAAUUGCCGGCCUUAAAGAAAUGUUCAAGAUGAUAGAUGCUGAUAAUAGCGGUCAAAUCACCUUCGAAGAGCUUAAGGCUGGUCUAAAACGAGUUGGAGCUAAUCUCAAGGAAUCUGAAAUUUAUGAUUUAAUGCAGGCAGCUGAUGUAGACAACAGUGGAACGAUCGAUUAUGGGGAAUUUAUGGCAGCAAUGCUGCAUUUGAAUAAAGUUGAGAGGGAAGAUCAUUUAUUUGCUGCAUUCAACUUCUUCGACAAAGAUGGGAGUGGGUACAUCACCAAGGAUGAGCUUCAACAAGCCUGUGUAGAGUUCGGGAUGGAAGACUCUCACCUUGAGGAAAUGAUUAGGGAGGUUGAUCAGGACAAUGAUGGACGCAUAGAUUACAAUGAGUUUGUGACGAUGAUGCAGAAGGGAAAUCAACGUGGUGAACCUGGUGGCAUUAUGAACGGCCUUGACAGCAGUUUCAGUAUUGCAUUUAGAUGAUAAGCUUCGGGAUCACAUUGCUAGGCAUCGGUGAGAGUUUUUGUCUUCCUUUGUCGAUUGUUUACUUCACUGGUCGGGAUGAUUUAUAUGAUUGUAUAGUAGGAGAUCUGGGUGCUGAAAUAUCGGCCUUUCUGAGUUGUUAAUCAUCGAGAACUGUCUGAGUUUUUAAUUUCUUUUACAGUUUCCUUACCAAAACCAUUUGUAUUCAUCAUUUCCCGGCAACUGCAUAUGUAAGGUACGAUUUUUAUGAUAAACUGUGUCCUCCUCUUCGAUUUGGCUCCAGGCCAUUGCAUCGUGUUGUCUAUUUGGAGCCCAAGAUUGGAUUCUGUAUUGGUUAAUGGUUUCUGCAUUAUGGCCUUAUUGAGA